AUGCCAUCUGACGUGAACGAGCGCGUCGCCCUCAUCGGACUAGGGGCCAUCGGCAUCUCCUUCGCGGCCCUUUACCUGAGACAUACAAAGAGCACCGUCAGGGUCUUUGAUACGAGGCCAGACCUCGAACAUCACCUUUCCACAGUCCUGCCGGGUUACAUCGACUCGGAUGAUGCGUCGCUGGGCAUAUCCCGCCUGCGCGAGUCCGGCCGCCUCGUGAUCUGCACCACGCUCGAAGAGGCAUGCGACGGCGCCACCAUCGUCCAGGAGCAAGGUCCGGAGAAUCCAGAUUUCAAACGAUCAGUAUGGCCAAAAAUUGAAAGCUUUGCGCCUGCUGAGGCACACUUCUGGAGCUCGACGUCUGGUAUCGCCGCGUCGGUUCAGAGCCGCGAUAUGGUGGAUACGACUCGUCUUUUGGUGGUUCACCCUUUCAACCCGCCGCACAUCAUGCCUUUGAUCGAAAUUGUCCCGUCACCGACUACAAACCCGGACGAAGUCAGGUUUGCCAAAAAGUUAUUUGCGGAAUUGGGUUCCGGCCACCGACCUGUGGUUAUCAAGAAAGAGGUUCCUGGUUUCGUAGGGAACCGAUUGGCGUUCUCGCUGCUCAGAGAAGCUUGUUCACUGGUUGAUCAGGGCGUCGUCAGCACGGAAGACGUUGACACCAUUAUGGAAGCGAGCCUUGGGCCCAGAUGGGCGGUGCAAGGCAUCUUCAAGUCGUACAAUAUGGGUGGCGGGGUAGCUGGAAUCCAGGCCUUCUUGAAUAACCUUUCUGGGACUGUUCAAGGGGUAUGGGAUAGUUCGGAACCUGUGAAUUUCCAGAAAAAGGCAACGAAUGAGUCAGAGGGCACAGAGAAGAGUGACGGGCCAACGUGGGAUGCGAAAGUUGUGCAGCAGACUGUGGAUGCCUACGGUCUGCCCAAUCCGGAGCAAUUUCAAGAGCGAGAUGCAGCGUUGAGGAAGAUUUUGGAUGUUCAACGACAGCGAGAGACCCAUACUAAGAAGUAG